UGCAAACACCAGAUGUAAAUGAUGUUUAAGUAUCACAUCCGCAUGGUUUUCAAUGACCUAAAAGUGCUGGUUUUGAUGAGAUCUUUCGCGAUGCAAAGGAGCGAGCAGGAUUUAGAGACGGGCCAGAGGAGGGAGAGAGAGGAAGGAGGAGGAGGAGGGCGGCUGGCCGGAUCGGGAUGCGGUUGGCCUCCGUUCCCCAAUUGCUCGUCCCGGACCGACGAGGAUUGUUACGGGGCGGACGGUGCCGGAGCUGGAGACGGACAGGAGGAGAAGGAGAGGAAUGUGCCUCUUCAGACCGGAAUAGACUCGGUGUCUCUCAGCAGCACUGAGAGCCCUUUGUGCAGGAUCUGUUUCCAGGGACCAGACCAGGGCGAUUUACUGAGCCCCUGUCGGUGUGAUGGUUCUGUGCGCUGCACCCACCAGCCGUGCCUAAUCCGCUGGAUCAGUGAACGAGGCUCAUGGAGCUGUGAGCUGUGUUACUUUAAAUACCAGGUCCUGGCAAUCAGCACCAAGAACCCCCUGCAGUGGCAGGCAAUCUCCCUCACAGUGAUUGAAAAGGUCCAGAUAGCCGCCAUCAUCCUUGGCUCCCUCUUCCUAAUUGCUAGCAUCUCCUGGUUAAUUUGGUCCUCCCUCAGUCCGUCGGCUAAGUGGCAGAGACAGGACCUGCUCUUCCAGAUCUGUUACGGCAUGUAUGGCUUCAUGGACAUCGUCUGUAUAGGCCUCAUCAUUCACGAGGGAUCGUCUGUAUACCGAAUCUUUAAGCGCUGGCAGGCUGUUAAUCAGCAAUGGAAGGUACUGAACUAUGAAAAAUCCAAGGACCUUGGGGAAGCCAUUAGUGGGACAAGCAAGAUUGGGGGAAGGAAUUCACGGACGAACCACUCGUCAAACAAUGACAGGAGUUCCACUCAGCGCACUGGAACCAUUUUGAAUCAUCACUGUGGAUAUACCAUCCUGCACAUUCUCAGCUAUCUGAGGCCUAAUAACCAUCAAAAUGGUAACAGCUCAAAUAGAGAGCUGGUCAUGCGAGUUACAACUGUCUGAAACAAAAUCAAAAGGACUGCUUACUGUUCAUCACUUAAAAAGUGCAAACUUUAGAGACUGUCCAAUAAAAAAGUACCACCAAGAUUGUGAAAGGACGUUAAUUGGAGGCUCAGAAUAACAACAGUACGCUCAGUGUGAUGGACUGAAAUAGACCUGGUCACAGGUCCUAACCUCUACUCCUGGAAUUCACCAUCUUCAUUGUUUUCUAAACAUUUUUUAAAAAGUCUCACUUGAAGCAAAGCUCAGAAGUUCCAGACCCAGUAUUUUACAAAUGAAUGAAACAAAAAACUAAAUCUAAGAAAAAUGGAACGCAAGAUAGUUUGUUUAAAAACUGCCCCCAAAAAACGUGCAAUAACGAAUAUCAGUUCCAAGAUGUUGUGGGAUCUCGGCAAUAAGUUCUGUGUACUUCACCUUUUAAUUUAA